AGGUCUAUCUGACAAUCUGUAAGACGGUUAUUAGGAAAUGCAUUUAUCUGGAAGGAUGUUUUAGACUUUGUGAGAACAGACCGUGCUUGGCUGACAGCAGAUCACAGGACAAGCUAUAGGUUGAUUCAGUGGAACCUGCGGACUCUCAGGUGAUUGGCUGGGGGUGGAUGACAUCAUUGAAAGUCCGCUGCCUCAGCCGCGCGCUAAACUCCUGGAAAGAGAUCACAGCCGCUCUCGCAGAUGGGAGCUACAUCUGGCGGAUUGUUACCCGAGUCGAUCUAGAUAAAACCACUCGCUCGAGGUGUUUUUAGGUGAGCAGCGUGUCGCGAUGGUCAGAGUCUUAAUGAGCUUCUCACCGCUGGCGAGAGCCACGCGCGUCAAGUGCGAAUGAUGUGAAAAACAAAGUCGUCCCGCGCAACAUGAGGACAGCCCUUCUAAUAAUCUUGAGGAAAAACUUGACUAAGUGAAAGAGGAAGGGUGGAUUCUUUUUCUUUUUUUCCCCUUUUGGCUGGCUGAGCAUUUUUAAAAUCAUGCAACAUGAAUGUAACUAACAGCACUGGAGCAGAGGGACUCGCGCCCUGGAACUUCAACGGCUCAUUGAGCAACGUGUCCAGUGAUGCCAACUUCAGUUGUGACAGCGGCAGCGCUAAUGGCUCGUGUGCAGCGGCUGAGGCGGACGGCGAGAGCCCGUACAAGACAGUGGAGAUGGUCUUCAUCGCACUGGUUACUGGAUCCCUCAGUUUUGUCACCGUUGUGGGCAACAUCCUCGUCAUGCUCUCAAUAAAGGUUAAUCGACACCUACAGACCGUCAACAACUACUUCCUUUUCAGCCUGGCCUGUGCAGAUCUCAUCAUCGGUGCGUUCUCCAUGAACCUUUACACCGUCUACAUCAUCAAGGGCUACUGGCCGCUCGGCCCAGUCGUGUGUGACCUGUGGCUCGCGCUGGAUUAUGUGGUCAGCAACGCUUCUGUCAUGAACCUGCUAAUCAUCAGCUUUGACCGAUAUUUCUGUGUGACCAAACCCUUAAGUUAUCCUACACGCAGAACCACCAAGAUGGCCGGCCUCAUGAUUGCCUCCGCCUGGAUCCUGUCUUUCAUCCUAUGGGCUCCCGCUAUCCUGUUCUGGCAGUUCAUCGUCGGAGAACGGACUGUAGAGCCUGGCGAAUGUUAUAUCCAGUUCCUUUCCAACCCCGCGGUCACGUUCGGCACGGCCAUUGCUGCGUUCUACCUGCCGGUGGUCAUCAUGACGGUGCUUUACGUGCACAUCUCUCUGGCCAGCCGCAGCCGUGUGUCCAAGCAAAAGCCAGAGGCUAAGAAAGAGAAAAAAGGCCAGAAGUCUAGCGGUCUGCUCAAGAGUCACAUCUUGAAGCAGAACAACAACAACCAGUCUCCUCCUAAGCCCAGCCUGGAUACCUGUUCUACAGUGGACACCAUGAAGAACGGCAAAGUAGACGAAUCUGUGGUAUCCGCUAAAGCCGACUCGUGCGUGCAGCCGGAAAAGGAGAGCUCAAACGACUCCAGCACGGCCAGCAUAGCACCUAAAGAGCCCAAAGAGCGAGCGAACAGCGAGGUGACUUCGGACGCCGGCCUGACACCCGCGCCAACAACAGCCGCACCUAAAAUCAAUCCUCAAUCCAAAUGGUCCAAGAUCAAGAUUGUCACCAAACAGGCAGGAGACGAGUGCAUCACAGCCAUCGAGAUCGUCCCACCGAACAGUACCGGCGAGAGGCGCUCCAUCCCUGUGAACCGUCCCCGCACGGUGGCGCGCAAGUUCGCCAGCAUCGCCCGCAGCCAGGUGAAGAGAAAAAGGCAGAUGGCGGCACGAGAGAAGAAAGUGACAAAAACAAUCUUCGCCAUUCUGCUGGCCUUCAUCAUCACGUGGACGCCAUACAACGUGAUGGUCUUAAUCAGCACAUUCUGCCAGUCGUGCGUUCCAGACACAGUCUGGGCCAUUGGCUACUGGCUCUGCUACGUCAACAGCACCAUUAACCCCGCUUGCUAUGCACUCUGUAACGCCACCUUCAAAAAGACCUUCAAAAACCUGCUCAUGUGCCAGUAUAAGAACAUCGGCACCAGAUGAACUGAGGAAAGAAGCAGCCUGCAGAGAUGGAGGGUAUGAAAUGGAGGGUACAAAAACUGUCCCAGCUCUUCUGGCCCUGAUAACUUUGAAGCUUUGGAAGGUACUGUGCAGUACAUUGUGAGGCUUCAUUGUCCCAUAAUGCUUAAACAGUGCGUUAUAACUAAAAGGUAAUGUAUUAAGUGAUUUACAAGAAGAUGAUGGAGCGAUGGACAAUAGACUGAAUCACUGAAGAAAUCAAGAUGAGGUCUUGAAAAAAAUGACCACUGAACUCUGCACUACAGUAACAUGAAGAUCAGGCUGUGAAUGACUACAUUAGAGGAGCCAUUGAUGGCUCAUUAUUUCCAACAAUGAAAAGAGAGAAUCCCAGCAAAUAUAAACCAAAAGAGACUUGGUUAAUUAAGAGAUCUUAUCGAUUCAUUUAUAUUCCCAGUACAGCACAAAUGGUAUCAAUCAAGUCCUUUUGGUUAGUAUUAACGCUGUUUUUGACCCAUACUUCUGUGCACAUUUUCUGAAAACAUCACACAGAGGAUCGCAGCUAAAGACAAUAACAUAUGGAAAAGCUUCCUGUUCGACUGUCCCUGAAAGCACGGCGCUCCAGAGUGAGGUUCAAGUUCCUAUACCUGUACCUUCCAUUUUCCAAAUGAAGGAAGCCACAGACUGAAGCUGUUUGCUGACCACAACAGCUGUGUAGUCCAUUACAUUCAUAGCGACAAAUUCAGGGCAUGUGGUUCAGCCUGGGAGAAGUUAGUCAUCAUUAUCCUCUUAGUGUGAUCCUCUUGAGGUUCUGGUAUAGGUCAGAAUUCAAAAGGAUCUCCUCAAUGGAUUGGGAUAGGCAUUAUAGACUUUAAAUGGGAUGAGACACUCUAUACUGAGCUGAGAAAUGUCACUGUAAGGGUUUAUUCUUACAGAGGUCUGUAAAUAUGUUUAGUUAUGAUGAAUAUAUGCUCUUGAAAGUAUUAUUUCUUCCCUGCAUUUGAUGUCUGGAUGUUUGUGUUCCUCUUGUAUUUAGUUGGUGAUCUUCGUGUGAUUUUACAGAUUAAAUAUUAAAUGUAUCGUUGUCUGUAUGCAGAACUGUUGAAACCAUUUAUAAUUUGUGAUAUACUUGGAAAAAAAUCAGAGAUGACUAGUACAUUUAUUUAACCUGUUUAUAAGAUGUUCAAUUUCAAGCAUUUCAUUUAAAUCUGGGCACAAAGGACUGUCCGUAAAUUUGAGAAAUGGAAAUGUGCUUUUCUUUCCCCCUGUAAAACACGUUGAUUUAGCAGAUAUCCACUUCAUAAUAUUGUUUUCUCAUGGUGCAAUAUAGUUUUGCCUAGUUUGUAUUUAAAUAUAAAGUCUGUAAUUGAUGAAACCGCAGCAUGUAAACCUGAAGGAAUGAUCUCCCACUGGUUUGUGUUUGAGAACAUGUGGUCAGUGUUAACACAGAGGGAGAAUGUGUUUAGGGCUCAUGUUGUUACAUUAUUAACAGCUGUUUCAGCAAUUACAUACUUUAAAGCAUUAAACCAAAGAGAUCGUGGCACUUUGGUCUGUUUAUUAGGCCUGGUCUGGAAGAGAUUAUUCAUUCAUUAGCAUCAUUUUAAGAUGCAGAGACUUGCCUCUUUAAUGUCUUGGGUUUGGUUUCAUGUUUCUACCUCAUAAUCAAAUUUCCAUUCAUAGCAUUUGUAUCUCCAAACCAGCUCUGAAUCUCUUUUUAAUGGGCGGUAAAGACCAACUAAAUGACUAUUAUGCCAUUGGAAAAGAAGCUAAAACCAGAUUUCCAUUUUUUUCUGAAUGUUAAAUCUUGCCAGUUGCUUUGGUCUUCUGAUACAUGGACUGUUGAAGUAGGCCGUUCACUACAAAUCUUAGUCCUGCUUUUAUAAAAAGUGACGCGAGCUCUAAGAAAGCGUCACACUGGAAUAGAGUUCUCUCAGAGAGUUAUGAAACUGUAACUGUACUAAAGAAAUUCAAUCAUGCAAUCUGAUCGGUUCUAAAUAUUGUUCUUCUGCAAAUCUGAAAAUAGCAAAUGUCUAUCAUCAUUAUUAUCAUCAAUACAGCAAAAUGACUUUGCCUAUAAUGCUCUCUUUCCUCUGAUCUUUUAAAUUUCCAUUUCAAAUGUUCACAUGUAAAUUGUAUAAGGAUUGAAGAAAUCCCUCGUAUAACUGUACCAGCUGAAGGGCAAAGUCAAUAAGCAUUACCCCAGUGAAGCUGAUGGAAUGAACACUGUAAUUAUGGACUUAUCUACCACUGCCCUUAAAGAGCCAGUGUACAUAAGAGUGUAUGGUUCUUUUUCUAUUGCAUAAAGCUUAAUAAAUAUCUGAAGCACACUGA